CCCUCCCUUCCCCCCCACCUCGCGCGGAACUCCUGUCAGCAGCUGAACAGCAGCUGAAAACGCACCUCGCUGCUCCUUGCAACAUAGCCUAACUCCCGCGCGGCGUCCCCGGGGCGCUCCCUCUGGGCUGUUCGGGAGAAGGGCUGGAAGAUGUCUAACUCUAAAAAGAAGGAGAGGUAACUUGGGAGUCAUCAUCAUCCCCCUUUGAGAAGCCCUGGAUCCCAGUCCUCCAAUGCCUGGAGAAGUCCAGCUGCAUAGAGCAGCUCACCAGCUCCUGUGAUACUGCCCUCUUUUGCUUUGAACAUUUCACAGCUUGGGCCCAAAACAUUUUCCUCUGCUGCAGCUUGUGCCACGAAUGGCUACCCAGAGGAAGCAUUUUGUGAAAGAUUUCAACCCCUAUAUCACCUGUUGUAUCUGCAAAGGAUAUCUUAUCAAACCAACGACAGUAACUGAGUGCCUCCAUACUUUUUGUAAGAGUUGUAUUGUGCAGCACUUUGAAGACAGCAAUGACUGUCCUAGAUGUGGCAAUCAAGUGCACGAGACGAAUCCUUUAGAAAUGUUACGGCUGGAUAAUACAUUAGAGGAAAUUAUAUUUAAGUUGGUACCAGGACUUCGAGAACAAGAACUGCAGCAUGAGGCUGACUUCUGGAGGAAAAACAAACCUCAAGAAAAUGGAGAAGAAGGGAAUCCAAAAUCUGAACAUCCCAAAGAUGAGGAAGAUGGAGAUGAAAAUCAAGAAGAUAAAGACUAUCACAGGAGUGACCCUCAGAUUGCUAUCUGUUUGGAUUGCUUACGUAACAAUGGACAAUCUGGAGAUAAUGUAGUUAAAGGACUGAUGAAGAAAUUCAUCCGGUGUUCUACACGAGUGACUGUAGGAACUAUCAAGAAGUUUCUAAGCUUAAAAUUAAAGCUUCCAAGUUCUUACGAGUUGGAUGUACUAUGCAAUGGAGAAAUCAUGGGUAAGGAUCACACUAUGGAAUUCAUCUACAUGACAAGAUGGAGACUACGAGGCGAAAAUUUUCGGUGUCAGAACUGCUCAUCUUCGCAAGUCUGCUCACAGGAUGGCUCUUUUUAUCAGUCUUACCCCAUGGUACUGCAGUAUCGACCCAGAAUUGACUUCGGUUAGACCAAAGGGCCAGAUCCCACUGAGAUUAAUCCUGCACUAUGUUUACCCAUCGACAGAUUGCACAAUGAAUGGAUGUGCCUGGACUGGGGGGACGCAACCAGAAUUUCAGCAUGUAAAUAUGGACUUCUUACUCAACUGUAUCUUUCUCUUCCCCCCUCCCCACCCCAAUUAGAGCAAGUCAAGUGCCAUUCUGCUACUGAAAUAUCCAUAAGAUAUCUGUGGUAUCUAAGUCUGCAAAGUCAUAGGCAAAUUGUUCAAUGUAUAGUUAAGAGUCAGAAUCUCUGGAAUAGUUUGCUCUGCCUGUUAGAAAUUUUCCCUGGUCCAUAAUGUUGAUUACAUUAAUAGAGACGGCCAUGCGUUCCUUCACAUGUGGUGUCGCAGUUUUUUCACAUUAACUAUUUUACUGAAUAAUGUUGUUUAAAAGAAGUACUGUAUGAAAGGUUAAAGACUAUACCUUUGGAAAUAUUUUGUAUAUAAUAUGUUUAAAGAUGUGGUUAUUGUGCCACUACUUUUUUGUUUCUUGUUCAGUUUCUCAUAGGUCCAGUUAUAGUUCGCUAAUUAGUAUGCAGCAGUGUUUUUGAAGCAUCUAAAAAUUAGACUUUCCAGAGAAGUUAAACACAAUCAUUACUGAACUGAAAUUGUGUGUACAGGCACUCACAUAAUUUCUCAUAGCCUCCUUUCGCUAGAGCAUAUAACUUAACCUAGAGUUUUCAAUAUGAGGAGUAGCAAAUCAUGCACAUGCAGCAGGUAAGGUUAUUUGUCUUUUUUUAAAAAAAAAUCCACGGCAUAACAAAAAUAAGAUAUAUGCCUUAGGAAUAAAUGGGAACUGUCAUGUAAACUUACUCUAAAAAGUAUGUGCUGGGUGUCUUUGAAACAGUUACCCUUGCAAGCUUCCCUCUGAAUUUUUCCCCCCCUCUUAGUAACAAUCCAGCACAAAGGUAGACUGAAAUCAGUAGUGUUAAAUGUACUGGGACCACUGUGCUUACAUAAUCUUGUGUCAACCUACUCCAUAAAGGACAUCAUCAUAUGCAGAUAUCCACAUUCUUUGGUUAUCUGGAAUAUGAAAACUGUUGGGACACUUGGUUGCCAGAUCUGAAAGUGAAGUUGCUAAAUCUAUCUGACCAAAAUUAUUGGCUAUUUAGGGGAGUGGUGGAUAAUGCUAAAACAUUCAGGAUUGCCUUAGGUAUCACACAUACAUUCUUUUCAUUUGAAAUGUUGUCUUGCGGGUUUGGACAUCAUUACAGAGCUUGUAGUAUAUCAUAGGGUGUUUCCUGUCUUCCAUUACCUUUGCACAGUGAAAAGCCAAAUAAUGAAACCCAUUUAAUUAUUUGUAUAACUUUUAAUAAACCCAAGUACUUGCAGUGUAAAUUACAUACGAUGAGUAAUAAUGGAAUAAUUCACUUUAGGAAGCAUUGAUAGAAUAAUACUGAAAAUCUGGCUUCUUAAGCACAGAAGUUUAGACAAUGAACAGUUUUAGGCCAUUACUUCUAGAGGAGUAUUGCAUACCUGCCCCAACACCAAAUCCAGACUUGCUUCUCAGAACCCACAUAAAAGAGACAGAGGCUUUGACAAAAGGGAUCAACUAUUGUUCUGCCUCUCAACUACAACAGUAGGCCCCCGGCUGUCUAUGAGAUCAGUGCUGCCGGACAUGAUAAGGGGCGUCUGUUGCUGUCAGUAGUACUGGUGCUGUCAGUAGUACUGAUUUCAUGUUGGAUCUUGUUGGCACACUGCAGGAAUAUCACACCUAUAUCCACCUGCAUUCUUCCCACCCCUACAUCCGUUAUGCAAUUGAUUAGAUCUAAGUAGCUCCUUGGGUUCAGGAGGGAACUCUUGCCCACUCAUUGCAAGUUUUAGUUUUUCUUACCCUUUUCCUGCUCCGAUACCGUAUCAAAAAUUGCUUGAAAUU